AUGGCGGCUGCGUCGCGUCAGUUUCCGGUAUCAGACAAUGUCAACCAGCGCAACGCACCUAUGCAAUUGAUGAACAGCAAAUACGGUGACGAGAACAUGUCCAAGAAAAAAGCCAAACGAGGCCGCGGCGAUGGCCAUCAAGGCGGAUGUGACCAUCAUUGGAAAGGCCAACAUGAGCAGCCCGGCCAUGCCUGUCUCGAUGAACAGAAGAUGUGGACUGCCAAAUACAUCAGGACUCAAGAAAAGGGCCAAGAAAGGGCCAAGAAAGGGCCAAGAAAGGGCCAAGAAAGGGCCAAGAAAGGGCCAAGAAAGGGCCAAGAAAGGGCCAAGAAAGGGCCAAGAAAGGGCCAAGAAAGGGCCAAGAAAGGGCCAAGAAAGGGCCAAGAAAGGGCCAAGAAAGGGCCAAGAAAGGGCCAAGAAAGGGCCAAGAAAGGGCCAAGAAAGGGCCAAGAAAGGGCCAAGAAAGGGCCAAGAAAGGGCCAAGAAAGGGCCAAGAAAGGGCCAAGAAAGGGCCAAGAAAGGGCCAAGAAAGGGCCAAGAAAGGGCCAAGAAAGGGCCAAGAAAGGGCCAAGAAAGGGCCAAGAAAGGGCCAAGAAAGGGCCAAGAAAGGGCCAAGAAAGGGCCAAGAAAGGGCCAAGAAAGGGCCAAGAAAGGGCCAAGAAAGGGCCAAGAAAGGGCCAAGAAAGGGCCAAGAAAGGGCCAAGAAAGGGCCAAGAAAGGGCCAAGAAAGGGCCAAGAAAGGGCCAAGAAAGGGCCAAGAAAAGAGCCAAGAAAAGAGCCAAGAAAAGAGCCAAGAAAAGGAGGAGGGAGAAAUCGGAAAGGGGACAUCCCAGUCUUACCUUGAUACGUAUCGGCGGACGUAGAGUGAUAAAAGAUGUCCUAUGA